AUGGUCACCACGUUAUCGUACACAGAGAGGGCAUCACAGCACCCUUCGCCACUUGCUAAGCGUCUGUUUGCGCUUAUGGAGUCCAAGAAGACGAACCUGUGUGCCAGUGUCGAUGUUCGUACCACAGAGGAGUUGCUCAAGCUCGUUGAUACGCUUGGUCCUUAUAUCUGUCUGUUGAAGACGCAUAUUGAUAUCAUUGAUGACUUCUCUAUGGAGUCUACUGUGGCUCCACUGUUGGAGCUUUCAAAGAAGCACAAUUUCCUCAUCUUUGAGGACCGUAAGUUUGCUGAUAUCGGCAACACCGUCAAGGCACAGUACGCCGGUGGUGCGUUCAAGAUUGCACAAUGGGCAGAUAUCACCAACGCCCACGGUGUCACCGGUGCAGGUAUCGUCAAGGGGUUGAAGGAGGCUGCACAGGAAACCACGGAUGAGCCAAGAGGGCUGUUGAUGCUUGCGGAGCUGAGCUCCAAGGGCUCCUUGGCUCACGGGACAUAUACCGAGGAGACCGUGGAGAUUGCCAAAACUGAUAAGGACUUCUGUAUUGGAUUCAUCGCACAGAGAGACAUGGGUGGCAGAGAAGAUGGGUUCGACUGGAUCAUCAUGACACCAGGCGUGGGACUCGACGAUAAGGGCGACUCCCUGGGCCAACAGUACAGAACUGUCGAUGAGGUUGUCAGUGGUGGCUCUGACAUCAUCAUCGUUGGUAGAGGCUUGUUUGGAAAGGGAAGAGAUCCAACAGUGGAAGGUGAGCGUUAUAGAAAAGCAGGCUGGGAUGCUUAUCUCAAGAGAUGCUCAGCUCAAUAA